CCCGGGGUUGAGAGGGCGCAUUCGGUGUGUGAGCAGGCCAGUGUGGCCGAGCCGCUCUUGCGAUGAGUUAUGCCGCAGCACGGCUUCCUGGCUCGCAACCGGCUGGACAUGAGUUCGAGCGCCUUUCACCCUGUAGUGCCCGGGUUCUGGUUCGAUCCUCGCGUCUACCUCUACGCCGAUCCACCGCCGCUCGAUCUCUCCAUCAAGAGCAACCACACGCCGAUCACGCCACCGUCCACUCCUUCGCCGAGCACUCCCCCCAGGAAGCGCACCUACAGCGAGGACUCCGCCGACCAUGGAGGCGACGCCGCUAGAGAGCCGGUGCCUCUUGUCGUCUCACACUUCAACGAUGAUGUUGUCAAGUCGCCAUUCAAAAAGCACAAGGCCGUUCGCAAAUUGGACUUCGACGAAGACAACACUUCACCAGUGUCCGGCACUAUUAUAAGACAGCUGAGGGAUGACGAACCUCCACUGGUGGUGCGAAAGGGUGACAUUGACCCGGCCUUCAACGUGGUGGAGGUGACGGAGGAGGCCAAAGCAGAGCUGGCCAAGAUAGAGAACCGCAUCGGCGACUACAUCUGUCGCCUCUGCAAGGAGAUGUACGAGGAUGCGUUCGGCCUCGCCCAGCACCGCUGCUCUCGCAUCGUGCAUGUCGAGUACCGCUGUCCUGAGUGUGAUAAGGUGUUCAACUGUCCCGCCAAUCUGGCGUCACACAGGAGGUGGCACAGACCACGCCAGCCGCCCGCAGUCAAGCGCCCCCAGGAGGCGGCCGACGGGGGACCUGGAGGCGGUGACCUGCCCUGCCCCGUCUGCCACAAGCUGUUCCGGCGUCAGGCGUACCUGCGCAAACAUUUGGCCACGCAUCAGCAGACGCAUGCCACACAUCAGUCGCAUGCCACUUCGGUCGAGUGGCAUGCGCAUGUAGCAACAGGUCAGUCCGCCACCGUCACAUAGCAUCGGCCCAGCGACGGAGUGGCACCACGAAGACACUCCGUCGGCUUCUCCAUUGUCGAUCUCAUCUGAAUCAUCCAUCAUUUCACAUCUAUCAGGAACUACUUCAUCUAGUCGAACCAUCUAGUCAUUAUUCAUCAUUUCCCGAAUCUAUCAGGAAUUAUUUCAUCUAGUCAAACCAUCUAGUCAUUAUAUACAUCAUUAUUUCUCAUCUAUGAGCGAUCUCCACGGAACUAUUUCAUCUAGUCGAGAAAACUAGUCAUUAUAUUCCCAAGUUAUAGUCUAAUGUCGAUCUCAUUUGAACUUCUAUCUGUAUUAUAUAGUCGAGGCAUCUAGUCAUUUAUAAUUUUAUAAAGUUUAUAUCUAAAAUCUAGUCAGAGAUUAUCUAGUCAAUACUUUGCAUUGGUCGCACUCGAAAUGGACGGAAACGAAUUGAGAUUAUAAUAGCUUAGAGGAUAGCUUCAGGUUGACCUAACCUAACCCCAAACUUAACCUAAAAUAUAUGUAGAUAAUCCAACCCAAUAUCCUUCUUACCUAAACAUUACCUUAAUUCAAUUGACUUAGUCACGAUUUUUCUCAACCAUGGAAGAAGGAAUAAGUACCGUACAUUCUUUCAUUAUUCCAUGAUUUCAACUUGUAUCUAACCUAACCUUAACCCAACCUCACCUGUCUCAAUAAGCUUGUUCAAAGAGUCAAUCUGUUCCUGUUCGAGUACGUUCAUUGUAAUUAUAUUAUGUUCUAAUUUCUAGUCAGCUAUUAUAAUCUAGUCGAUCUAGUCUAUCUGUUCAAAGAUUCUGGUCAGAACUCUAGUCAUUAUUUCAUUUUAUGGAUCUCAAGUUCUAGUCAGAUAUAGAGGCAUAUAUAGUCAUAAUAGUUUUUUCAAACACAAUGGACAACGUUUAAGUUUCAAUACUUGCUUUUUUAUUUUUGAAAUUGAAUAGGAUUAAAAGUGUCAACAAAAGUUAUUAAAUUGUCAUCAAUAAAACAUGUCUGCAGCAUCUCAUGCAUCUCCAAGUAGUAAUUUAUUUCCAUUGUCAGUUGGGUAAAUUGGUAAAAUUUCUGUUGAAUACCUACCUAUGAUUUCAAAAGAAUAUGUAAAAUAAUUAAGCCAUAGUAUAUAUAUUGUAUAUAUAUAGUAUAAUAUCAAUUUUUCUGAUUAUUCCAGAUGAGAUUGGAAUUUUAUAUUCAUUAAUACUCACAUCACUUUAUAGUUAGUAGUUUAAAUUAAUUUAUUAAUUAAAUUAUUAUUUAUUAAUUAAAUUAUUAUUUAUUAAUUAAAUUAAAUUAAUAAUUCAUCAACUUUGGCUCAAUAGAAACCUACAUACAUAUAAUGUAGCCCCUGAACAUAGGUACAUAUGAAUCAUGCCUAUAAAUUCAUUUUGAAAAUAUUUUUUUUGCAAACUUCAUUGUAUAAUCAGCUUAAUGUUUUUCAAAGAUGUUUUAAAAUUAUAAACACAAAAAUUAACAAAAUAUAGUUUUUCCAACCCUUAUUUAUAUUUUUCAAAUUGAUAAGAUAUUGCUGAAAUGCUGCUUAAUGACUCAUGAAUGAACCAGCCCUUCUUUUCCUAUAAUGAAGGCAUCAACUCUUCCUAAUUUCACCUUGUAAAUUGAUCUCGAAAGUAUUCUAGUCACAUGGAAGAUCAAAUCUCCCUUAUCUACUGGAAUAUUUGACUAUACUAGUCAAACGUUGUCUUGCGAAUGUUCCAGUGAUGGAUUGGACAAAUUUUUCAAACGUCAUUUUUCUGUUCAUUAUUUUUAGGUUUAAUAUAUCCAUCUUAUAUUGUUGUCCAUUGUGUUCCAGAUGAAUGAAGUUCAUUAAUCUAACUUUAUCAUAAAUAAUCCAACUUGAUUUUAUUCUAUUAGGUAUAUUAUUUUAGAAAAUACGGAAUCUAGUCAUGAUCAAAAACAUUUUGUAACAAAUUUAUUCUAGUCAGGAUUUAAUUUUAGUCAUGGAAACAUAAUUUCAAAUCUAGUCAGUAAUCUAGUCAUUCCCAAAAAAUUAUAUUCAUGAAUUUCAAGACUGUAUUCCGCCAAAAUAGGUUGAGUAAGUGGAGCGCGUGAGUGAGUGUGUGAAUGUUUAUGAGUGUUAGUGGCAAGUUUGCGUGUUCAUUCCUCUUUAGUUUUGAGAACGAUUUUAUCAAAUUUUCAACUCAGUCGUGUGAAACUUGCAGAAUUCGGUUAAAUGAAACACUAAUACGAUAAAGCGAUCGUGAAAAUGCACCACUUUUUAAUCUCCUAAUAUUCUUUAUUCCAUCUGAUAAGUAUUUUAAUUAAAUCUAAAAGGUCAUCAAUGAUUAGUAGCAGGAGUUCUCCGCUUAGGAUCCGAUUCAAUGUGACACAUUUUUAAUUAACAGAGACGAAUAUACGCAAAACUGAUAACUUAUAUUUCAAAAUCCUGAUCUAUUGAUUAACAUGAUUUCGAUUUAAUUCCAUUACAUUACGUUUCAGUAUUAACGUUUUGAUUCAUCAGACUUCUACUCAAAUUCUAUUUUGUUUCAACAUUCUACUGCAAGUUUCACACUCGUUUGAAAAUUCAUUCUAUCUGAUCUAGUCAUAACUAUUAAUAUUUCUAUCUAGUAUGAAAAUCUAGUCAAAAUCAUCGAUUGAAUCUCAAUAGUAUUCUAGUCAUCAUUUCACAGUAUUAUUAAGAAUAUUAAUAUCAUUCGGUGAAAUUUCUUAGGGUAAGAUUUUCAUAGAUGCUUGAGAAAUCUAUAUAAUACUGAACAGUAUGAAUUGGUUGAUACAUAUUUAGGGAAGCUAAUAAUGUCUUGAUGGUUUUAAAGAUUAUAAGGAUAAUAGAACACAUAUUUCAACAGAAUAAAUCAACUGUAACAGAAAUGAAAUAAUUCUCAAUCUAUUCAAAAUUAUUUGUAAAAGUCAACGGAAAUCGAACUAACUUGAUUGAAAUUGAAUCAACUGAAAUAUAUCCCAAGUACCGAAAGGUUUUUCUGAUCUCUCUUUUUAAAAGUCUCCUAUAAUCUCAGUCUCAGCCCCAGUUCAAAGUAUCCUAUAAUCUGUUUCUAUUAGUAUUGUCAUGAAUCACAGAAAUCUAUCAAUUAUUGUAAUAUUAUUCAAAUGAGUCGCAAAAUAAGCAUAAAAAAUGUAUACUCGAAUUUUAUUGAUUGUGAUAUUAAUUUAUGUAUAAGAGAUCAUAGUAUGAAUCUAUAAUCUGAUAGUAUAAUAUAUAUAUAAAUAAUGUAUAUGAAAAUAAUCUCUUAUAUCCCAGCUAGUCGGUUUAUAAGAGAUGUAGGCUAUUUAGAGUUUUAGUGUAGUAUAUUUAAGAGGGACUGACGAGCCAAGUAAGGAGAGAAUAUAUUAUAUUAGUCUUAUAAGAGAGAUUAUAUUUGAUGCAAAAUGACUGUUCACUGUGUAAUUGAUAAAAAUAAGAAUGUCAGAAAAAUGAAGAUUCAAAAUAUACAGAUAAUAUUUCUACAUAUAGCCUACAUUAUACAUAUACAUAUAAUAUUUCUAAUAAUAAGUUAUCAACAAUAACUGUAAAUCCACAUAAUGUAUUGGCCCCUGGAGUACAGUAGUAUAGUAAUAAAUCAAUCUCCAUACCCGAUUUUUAGCUUUAUUUUCAAUUAUGGUUUAGUAAAAUUAUUCCUACAAUAAGUUAAAAUGUUUAAAUUUAAAUGGUAACUCCCCUACAAUCAACUUAGCCUACAAUUAUUCAACAGACAGUAUGCAUAUCGGACAGUGAACAGUCAUUGAUAGUAGUUGGUAUAUUAUUUUCAGAUUAUAUUUUAUUUUUUUAGUCUAGUCAAUUAUUGUAAGUCAUGCUCCCUGAGCUGAUCGAGUGCAUUCUAGUCAAAGAGUAGCCCACCACAGACAAAGUUAUUUGGCUGAUUCUACAAAUUCUUAUUCAAAUAUCGAAUUGGUUGAUCAACUUACCUCAUUGAAAUUCAAAAAAAUAUAGAUUUUCCUCUCAAUUCUAAUAGUUUAUCCAAUUAAUUAGACAAUGUAACUUACUUCUAUUACGACAUUAAAAUAAAAAAAAACAAAUCCUAUAAGUAAAUUAACUUGAAUCAUUCAACUCAAUAUCUUGAAUUUGGAGUAGUAUUUGACGCCAUCUUAAUUAUUCUGAAUGAUCUCCGUCUGUGGUUUUAGUUUCUAGUCCAUAUUAGUCAUUUUGAUUUAGUAUUCCUCUUAGUAGUUUUUUCCAAUUACAAGUGUAUUUUUUGUCAAUUAUUGUAUUUUAGUAUUGUAUUCAUUCUCUUAAUCACAUUCAACUUUUUUAUUAAAUAAGAAUCUGAUCAAUUAUUUCACUUUUCGAUAAUCUAGUCUUUUAGUAGUCUUAAGUUUAAUUUAAUUUUUCAUCACAUUAUAAUAAAUUAUUCAAUAAUAGGGUUAAGAGAUUAAGUUCAUCCUUUUAAUUAUAAGUUCAAAUAUUUAAGUUAUGGGAUAUACUGUAUAUUUAAAAAUGUAGAUAGAAUGUAUAUUAAUGUAAAAUAGUUCUAAUAAAUGUAAAGUUCUGAAUGUUACUUCAUGUACAUGUUGAUUUGUAUGUUGAUGAACGUUAACUGUUAAUCGUAUAGGAACUCUAUUACUCGAUUUUUUCAAACUUUUUGAAUCAGUGAAGAAAUACUGUAAAAUAUAGUUUCGAAAAAGUUCUUAUUAGUUAGAAGUGUCAUCAUUAUAUCAUAGAUUCAUUAUUUUUUUCAUUCACAAUGUUUUUCUUAGACACGUUUUUCUUUUUCCAUUAUGCUGGGUUUUACAACUUGAUGCAAAAAGGUUCAUUUGUAAGUGAUUUUUGUAACUGACGUUUGGAUUGAAAAUAAAAGUUGAUUUAUGCAAAUUAG